CUUUUGACGAAUAAACUCAGUAAAUUGAUAGUUUUUGUUGACUCUAAAGCGAGAAAUGAUGGAUCGAAAUUUGUUCAUUCUACUUUCAGUGGGCUUCAUUUCGCAGUUUUUGAUUGGAGAUGUCGUUGCACCUGCUUCAAAAUACGUGGAAAAUCUACCAACACGGAGAAGAAUUUAUUAUAAUAAAAACUUGGCAGCCCCCAUUGACCUCACCAAAGAGCCUGGAUACGACUCCGUGGAUCUACAAAAAGAAAUCGAUGAAUUAUACACUGGAGAUUAUGGUCGCUACAAACCAAAACUUCCUCUAAAAGUUAGUUCCACUGCGGCAAAAUCGACUCCACCACCUGAUGUAGUAGUAGACAAGCACGUGGUGUCGGAAGAAAACCCAAAAGCUGUUCAUUCAAAAUCCAAGACACUUCCACCUGUUAAGGUUGGCAAGCCAACACCUCAAAUUGAGAGGGAUUCAUCUUUCACUUCUGUCAAAGAUCGAGUUAAGGAAAUCGAAGAGAAAAUUUCGAAAAGCCCUUGAAGCGAUCCGAAAUUUUCCACAGCGCAAUCUAUUCUAUUUUUCUGCAAUAAAUAAUUGUAA